AUGUCUCUGAAAUGCCCUCCUUUUACUGGAUGGGUGUACAAGGAUGGAGUCUGUGUGUACCUGGAUCACAAGGGCAGUCAGUAUGAAAUAGAGCCCAUCUGCAGGAGGUAUCUGGCUGCGGAAGUUCUGGAGAUCAAGCAGUCUCCAAAUGUGGUGGGGCCAGGGGUUGAGAGACUCAAGCUCAUAGGAAUCUCAUUGAGAAACCCUCUCUUUUUAGAUGUGAAGCUGCUGGCCUUUCGGGAGAAGCUGCUCAUUUCCUUCAAGGGUUUUGCAUGGCAGAGACACCAUUCACUGGCAGCAGCUAAGGACUCCUGCUUUCUGCAAAGAGAGAGCUGCUCUGGGGUGCUGCAGCUAAAAGGAGCCCACUACACUGUGAGGGGGUCGGUGCUGGUGGACAGCCCUGGUUCAGGGACUGUCCUCUACGUGAAGUCAGCCUGCUCUCCUGGCUAUCAUGGAGUGAACUGCACAAAACGCUGCCUGCUCUGUCCUGGUUCCCAUCCCUGUAAUCCACUAAGUGGCCGAUGUGAAGAGGGUCUGCGCUGUGUCCGCAGGAUUGGGCCUUCCUGUCUCCAUGGGCUAGUGAGCUCCCGGUGCCCUGGGCGUGCUGGCUGGUGGUACUGGGAUGGACACUGCUACUUUAUGGAGGAAAAAGACACCAAGACAUGGGAAGAAGCUGAAAGAGCUUGCCGUUCCUUUGGAGAAGGGCUGGGACUGCUGGCCCUCAACAGCCAGGAGGAAAAGGCCUGGGUUGCAACCAUGGUACAGAGACACAGCUGGACUGGGCUGAAUGACCUUGAUGGUGAUGGGAGGUGGACAUGUAUGACUCAGCACACAGAUCCCAGUGUGCCCUGGUGA